AUGGUAUACUACUUCAAAUCAGAAGGUGUCUCAGAAGACGUCAAUUUCCCAGUCAGUCUUUUCAUGGGAAAACAUAAGGAAGAAAAUGAAGAUCUUAUAAAAUGGGGUCUGCCCACUGAUUUCCACGUAGAUAAUCUCUCAUCAGCUCACGUCUACCUACGAUUACCCGAAGAAUGGACCUGGGACAAUAUUCCUCAAGAAAUCCUUAUCGACUGUGCCCAACUCACCAAAGCAAACUCCAUCCAAGGAAACAAACAGGAUAACAUCACUGUAAUCUACACUCCCUGGUCCAAUCUCCAUAAAACAAAUGGUAUGGUUACUGGUCAGGUCGGCUUUAAAAAGGCAAACCUCGUCAAAAAAGUACACAUCCCAGUUAGAGUCAACGCCAUUGUCAACCGUCUUAAUAAAACUAAAGUCGAGUCAUUCCCUGACCUUCAAAAGGAACGCUUAGAAUAUGACAAGGAGCAAAAGCGCCUUGAAAUUGAAAACAGACAAAAACGUGCAAAGGAAGAAAAGCGAGUUGAACGCGAGAGAAAACAGCUUAAAUACCAAAAAGACCAUGCUUAUGACGACCUCUUUUCCGAAGAAAGUAUCCGCCAUAGUAAUAACCAAGAUAACGAAAAUGCAGAGGACGACUUUUGGUAA